AUGGCGAAGAUCAAUGUGGAUCAAGCUGGUGAACUUGCAAUGGAUUACGGUAUAACUGCAGUGCCCACAGUGAUGUCAUUCAAAAAUGGAGAGCGUAUAGGAAUGUUCACCGGUGUCAUCGAUGACGAACAAAUUGACGAUUUCAUCGAUGAUGCUAUAAAUCAAUAG